AUGAAGAACCUCUCAUUUGUCAGCGCUGUCGCCAUCGCGACCACCCUCGGCGGUUCGCUGCUUGUCAAGGCUGACCCCACGAUCAACACCCCUCCGAGCCUUGUCGCUUGCGCCAAGAACCAGGUCGGCUUCACCGGAACCACCGGACAGGUCCUGGUCCGCGUCGUACCGGGCACCGACGUCUCCACGACGACGCCUCUGGACCAGCUGACCGCCGACAGCUCCCAGGGCUUCGUCACUUACACGCCCAAGGUCGCCGCCGGCACCGUCGUCACCUUUAUCAUCAACGACGACUCAGGCAAGUCCCAGUUCAGCGGUCAGGUCCCCGUCGUUGCGGGACCAAACAAGUGCUCCGACGACUCCGGCAGUACUGGCGACUCGGCCAGCUCAUCGGCUGCCUCUGCCCCUGCUGCCACUGGAUCGGGCAGCCCGACCAAGUCCGGCGCUGGCUCGGCCUCGGGCACGGGUUCGGCCGCCCCCGCUGCGGCCACUACCGGUGCGAUCAGCUCUGCUCCCUCCCACGGUGGCGCUGCGUCUUCUGCGGCGCCUUCUUCGCCUACAGGUGGCUCGUCCAGCGGUUCGCCCAGCUCGCCGAAGCCCGCGACCAGCGGAAGCGCCGGCUCGAGCGGCGCGACCUCCGGCGGCUCGACUCACAGCGCCGGCACCAUCCUGUCGCCGUUCGUCGCUUCUACCACUAUGGCCGCCGCCGCCGCUGUCGCUUUCGGCUUCUUUGGCGGCCUCGCCUUGUGGUGA